CAGUUGUAGUGAACAAUGAGUGAGUGUUUGUUAGUGUAUUGAAUGUAUUGAAUGUAUUGAAUGAAUACUAGAAUUGUGUGUUAUUUUGUGGGAUUCACUCAAACCAUACAUACUAUUGAUGUGAACCGUCAUUACAUUAUGACUGCUUAGACAAUGUCUGGUGACAGCUAUGAUGGACACAAACAAGCAAUGCAUCCAUAAGUUACUGGCAUUGACUGCCAUCGAUGCCAAAGAUGACAUCGAAGAGAAAUACGAGAGAUGUCUACUAUUUGUCCAAAACUUAAUAAGUGGUAAAUCAGAAAAAGAAGGUCACGAAGAGCUCACAUCCAUUGUAAUCAAGAAUGCCAUCAAUCACGAGGAGGUCUGCACCGGCUUAUUGGUCGCUAUACUUACUGAUCCAUCCAAUGCUCAGAGACAUUAUAGAGACCUGACAUACGUUAGCAGAGAUGGCAUGUCUUAUGUGAUUAAUGUAUUAAACCAAAUAGUUUUAGAAAAAUAUCAGAAAUUACACGAUUCUUCCAGAACUCAGUUAAUAUGGAUUUUAAAAGAAAUGAUCAAAAACUCUAUCGUCGGAACCGAUGGGUUGUGUAUGAAUUUAUUGCGUCAGAUAAGUGGUGGCGAUAUAUCACCAAAGAAUAUAUGGUUAGCUGAGACAGUGGUCGACAUAUUUAUUGAAUAUCAUCAAUGGUUGGAACAAAUGCCUAUUUUAGUGGCUUAUGUUGUCUAUACUUAUUUAAGACUAAUCGGUGAUCAUUCGAAUUCACUUUUAACGAAACUUCGACAAAAAGAAGUGGAUUUUUGUGUAUCACUUCUCAGAGAGAAAUUUGUCGAUUGUAUAACAAUCGGCAGAGACUUAGUGAGACUUUUGCAAAACGUGGCGAGAAUUCCGGAAUUUGAGAAAAUAUGGAGAGAUUUGUUGACAAAUCCCACGACUUUGGCCCCAAAUUUCGGUGGAAUUCAACAGUUAAUGAAAACACGAACUUCACGACGAUUUUUUCAGUCGCGUUUAACACCAGAUAUGGAGCGAAAAAUAGUGUUCUUGACCUCUCAGGUCAAGUUUGGACAACAAAAGAGAUAUCAGGAUUGGUUUCAAAGACAAUAUUUAUCUACACCUGAGAGUCAAACAUUGAGAUGUGAUGUGAUUCGCUUCAUAUGUGGUGUUAUUCAUCCACCAAAUGAAUUGCUUUGUUCAGACAUUAUUCCCCGUUGGGCUGUCAUUGGAUGGCUAUUAACCACUUGUACCUCAAACGUUGCCGCAGCUAAUGCUAAGUUAUCCCUGUUUUAUGACUGGUUUUUCUAUGACGCAGAGCGCGACAACAUUAUGAACAUUGAACCCGCUAUUCUUGUAAUGUAUCACUCCAUUAGGUCACACCCGGCCAUUACAGCCACUCUUUUAGAUUUUCUUUGUAGAAUUGUUGAUAAUUUUUGUCCCGCAUUUUCAUCGCUAGUCAAGACAGGAGUCAAAACAUCUCUCACACAGAUUCUUGAAAAAAGAGUUUUACAGUCAUUAUCACCACUUUUCGAUAGCAAUAAACUUGAUCGUGAACUUCGGUCAAUGGUUAGGGAGACAUUUCCUGAUUUUUGUGCCACUUCUGAUGGAAUACAACUCUCUGGUAUUGUGAUGGAUGGCAACAAUAGAGAUCAGUACUCAAUGAUUAGCGAAGAAAAUAACAUAAAUCAUAAUUCAACAGUUAAUAUAAAUGAAUCAAAAUUUAGUGAUGACGAAGAAGAACCUGUGGCUAAAAAGCCGCGAAGAAAUAAUAAUAAUAAUAAUAAUAAUAAUACAAAUUCUAACAGUAAUAUUAAUAGUAAUAUUAUUAAAGAUGUAAAAAUUGAUAGCAACGAUACAAAGAACGGAGAGACAGUGACUAAAACAUUGAAAGAUAAUUCAAUAUUGGGAUCAAAUAGUCUCUCGAAAAAUGAUUUAAUGACUCAAAUUGAACAAAUUUGUGGCGAAGAUAUGCGUUCUUGUCUUAAAAGAUUAUACGAAGAAAAAGACAAUGAGAGCCGUUGUGAAGCAAUGGAACAAUUAGUUCAGUUUGUAAUGCAAGAUGAAGACAACGAUCAGGAUAUGGUCUCAAACUUAACUAUAAUACUAUUGUGUAUUUUAGAAGAUGAUCUGUCAAAGAAAGUAUUUCCUAGUAAUGGCUGCUCUGUUGAUGACGAAGAACUGGAGGAUUCAAUUGGAAAGCCUUUGUUUGUGAUGUUCAGAAAUUUGUGUCAAACAGCCGAAGAAGAUCCAAAUCGAAUUCCUCUUUUGAAUCUCUUGGCCGAAAUGGGGGCAAACAAUGCGCGUAUUGGCUAUUCAAUGAUGUAUUAUUUGAAAGCCACUAAAUCACUCGACAAUCGGAUGUCAUCCUAUCGCGAAUAUGUCAGAGCUUUGGGUAAAGACCUAACGGGUUGUCUUUUAAGUGAUCUCAAGUCGUGCCAAAGCGAUGACGUAUAUAUGUUUUGUUAUCUCAUACCUGAUAUAUACACACAAUUUGCUAACAUAGCGAUUGGAAAUUCAGAUCUUCUUAAUCUAAUCGUCUCUUGUAUUGAUUCCACACAAUUACAAGACUUAAUUAGUCAUAUAAUGAAUGGAACUCUUAAAAUGUUUAGAAAAGAUUCGCUUUUAUCGAUAUUAAAUGCCAGUCUUGAAUGGGAAAGUAUUGAACAGUAUUACUUAUGGCAACUUUUAACCGCACACGACAUACCCAUUGAACAGAUAAUUCCUAUUUUGCCAAAACUUGAAUAUAAUUCUCACUCCGAGGCGAUGACAAAUAUAAUGUUGUAUUUGCAACGGGAAUCUCCGACAUCUAACUUAAUUAAACAUAUAUUUAGCAGAGAAGCUAAAAACAAUGACUAUUUUGUUGUAUCAGUUCUUAAUUAUUGGUCUCAUAAUUAUUCGGACAAAUUGUCAGAAUUAAUCUCUUCAUAUUUGACCACAAAAGUUAGUUCACCCGCAAAACGAACCAAAAGAAAUGUCAACAAUAAUAAAGUACAGCUCGGAUCUAAUGUUGAGCUUAUUUUAGCGCAUUUGGAUUGUUUACGACAACGAAAUAAAAAUCUAAAUUUUUUUAAUAGUGAGACAAUGCAGACAAUAUUAGUUCAAUUACAGUCCAUUGCAACUGAUGCUCAAAAAACUAAAUACAGUGAUUUACUUGCGUUGGCUGAAGAAUUGGAACCAAAGCCAACCACAAAAAGGACGACAAAGAAUUCAAAAUCAAAGUCAAAGUUUUUAAGUGUUUCCAAUACUAACAAUGACUCCAAUACUGACAGCGAUUCAUCAGAUGACGACAUACCAUUAGCUAAGCAACAAAAAACUGCAAAUUCUCGCAAAAAACGGAAACCAAUUGGUUCUGACAGUGAUUAGAGAUUAUUAUUAUUAUUAAGGAAUUUGUUUUAAAUUAUAUAAUAAAUUUUGUGUAAUUUAUUGUUUUAUAUAAAUCAUUGUUUGAUUGUAUAUAUCAUUAGAGUUACUUAAAAAGAAUUUUUAAAUAUAUGAAAUUUCCUGUU